AUGUUUUUUUUUACUUUCUCUCGGAAAGGAAAAGACACUGUACUGAACCAGGGACAGUUCUUCCCCCCCGGGCCCGCCCCCACUGUUCCCGAUAGGGCCGUACUACAGACGUACGCUUCACAGCCCCUUAACCCUCCCAAGGAAGGUCCGUUGAUUGGUGCAGGGGCAUUGGACGGCCAACAUAAGCACCUUAUCUGCGAGGAGGGAGGCCUUGACGAUCUCGCUUGGCUUGUACUCGGUCAUAACCACCGCACUGUAUACCUACCUAUGCGACUGGCGUUCGUUUUGAUGCACCGAUGUACGCACUUCCCCUUGGGGCUUAAUUUCUCCAACAUUACUGCUGCCGCAAUCCGUCUGUGGGGAGAUCGCUCGUAUAACAAGUCGUAUCCGCACAGCAUUCCUCUUAUAGGCUUUCAGGUACCCGACGGUCAAACAGCCACCCCGAAACAAGCUGGCUCACCUUGCGAGAUUUACCGUCAGCAAUCUCAAAUUAGCCAGCAACCGACGUGGCAGAAUUUGCCGCAGGAAUUUCUUGGCGAUCAGCAUGCCUACGUGUUGUUUCUUGACUUUGGUAAGACACACCUACCCUUGUUUGAGGGGCACGCGGCCGAUGGCGAUCUGGAACAAGAGACAAAUGACAUUACCCCCCAAUUUCCGCCGGUAAUUGCGAGUUUGACACCGCAACUACCGUGUUCAGGGACCCAAACUGCAUGGAUCAUCCCCUUUCGAGGGAUGGGUUGGUGGCCGGCAGAGGCCGGGUUCCAGACAAUAAUCAAUGGCGGGUUUCAAGCCUUCUCCACUUCGAAGCCCUUGUCAUCAAGCAAACAAUGA